UGCAAUUGUUUAUCAGAAAGAAGAAAGUCAUAUUUACCUAGGAUGGCUUGAGGGCGAGUAAAGCUUGGGCUAAUUUUCAUUUCAAAGUGAACUAAUCCUUUAUCCACUUCAACAGCUUCCUUAAUAACUAUUAAUAAGCAGUAAAUAAGGGGUUAUUGAGGCAAAAGUCGUAGUUAAAUAUGAAUAUGUGUUCCCCAUACUAAAGUGUUCGCAAAAUGUCUGUUAAUGAAACUAUUAUUAAUUAAUCCAGGAAGCAUAGUAUGUCAUUUUUCUCUUCUUCUUUUUUUUUUUUUUUUUUUUUUGCAUUAUUAAAUUCAAAGUUACCACUGAAAGAGUCAGUGUGGCAAAUUAUAUUAUAUUGUAUUAUAUUAUAUUAUAUUAUAUUAUAUUAUAUAGCUUGGUGAUAAUAUUUGUUUUUGAUGAAAAACAAGUUUUUCCUUAUGUUUCCUUGUAUUGAUUUUGUCCCACAAACUUUCAAGUCAUUUUGUCAAUAGACAUCAUACUGUUAUUCGUCUCAUAGGGCACAUCAGCCAUAAAACCAUAAUGGCUCGGAUUAUAGCCAUAUUUCUCAUUUGCACUUCUUUUUCUCUUAGGCCAAGUAGGUUUAAGGGAAUAGAAUUUGAUGGUCACAUCAGUAGAUAGUGGACAUCUGUUUUGCUCGGGGAGCAGCGUUGGUCUUUAUGUGACUAGAUUAUCCAUUCAUUAAGGAGAAUAUCACUGCAAUGAGACCAUUAAACUGGAGAUGUUAAGAGACAACAGCUUGUCCCUAAGGAUGUAAUUUAAUUCCAGAUUGGGGCAGUAAAGCACCUAAAUACCUGCUGCCCUUUGUUUUCCGAUCAAAGUUGUUUGACUUGAGGGGAUCAAGUAAGUGUUGGGUGGGGUUUGCACAGGAUGGAACGGUCCAAUGCGAGCCGUCCAACAUGCCACCAUAAAUUGGGGUCACGUCUCAUGAGGAAAUCAGAUGUUCAGUAGACCUGAGAGAGGUUAGCAGAAGAUAGAGAAGACCUUAGAGAGACAGAAGGAAACGUAAGGGCAGAACAGGAGGAGCGCGGACACUGAAGCCACUAUGAGAAGGUUAUAUUCUCCUGCUGUACUGCUGCCAGUUCUGCUGCUGUGUGCUGUGUGUAGUGUGUCAGUCAUGCAGGCUGACGUGAGGGCUGUCAAGCUGUGUGGCCGAGAGUUCAUCCGUGCCGUCGUCUACACGUGUGGGGGCUCCAGGUGGAGGAGGUUCAGCAGUCCGCAGGAUAUGGAAGGGUUUUUUAAUGGAGAUCUAAGCAGCUCUGAGGAUCUUAGUCAGAGUCUGGGAUCUGACCUGACCAGGCGAGACCUGAACCAUGAUUGUUGUCAGUUUGGCUGCAAGAAAAGUGACCUCACGUUGCUCUGCUGAGGACUGAACUUGCGUUUUCUAUUUGUCUCACUAUGUUUUCUUCCAUGUUGACUUCAGAUGAAUAUGAACGCUUCUCUAUAAAGUGUACAGUCAGUAGGAAUUAAUAUAUCAACUUAAUUUGCCAAUAGAUUAUGCUAAUUUACAUAAAAGCCUGUCUGUCUUAGAUCAUUCUGCCACACUUGUACUUUAAACAGCACCAUGAAAAGAGGUCGAAUAUCAACAAUGAAAUUGUGUUGAAGUGCAGAGCAGUAAUUGUGGUGAAAAACGUGUUUUAAUUGUAAAUUGUAUUUUGUGAAUAAACAUUAUUGCAUAUGCAUCAAA